AUGGCAGAGCUUAAUUCAGUAAUUAACAUGAAAUCUGAGAAAUUGAAUAAUGAGAUUGUAUAUCUUAGAGUGCAUGCAGUUACAACUGGUGAAGCCUUAAUUGAAAAGGCCAAAAUAUGUGAGGAACUUACAGUGGAGAAUGAGAGGUUGAAUGAGAAAAUUUUGGAGUUGCAAAAAGAAUUGGAUGAAUGCAGACAUGCUACUAAUAUGGCUUUUAAUAAAAUGGCAGAAAGCAUGGCACCUUCGAGUAGGUCUCCUGUAUCUGAAAUUCCAGGGUCUAUUGCUAACCCAGGGAUUGGAGAUACAGGAUACAAACCCCUUUAUCAAUGGGAGGAUUUGAAACAAAAGUCAAUAACAAAUCUCCCUGCUGCUCCAACUACAACAACCACAGUGUUGAAUCCUGAUAAUUCUGGAGAGAUUCAGCUGGUUACCAGUUAA